GCGUCUCUUCACGGGGAAGAGAUGGACGACGAGCUCGACAUUCAGGUAGACAAUGUCGACGGCCUGCGGUCUGCCCUGUUUGGUGGUGGCAGCGGUGGCGGAGGAGGGCAAGGACAGAGAGGGCAGGAAGGGGCACCAGGUGGAGCUGCUGCUGCUGUGCCUUCCGGAGACGACAGGGAAGAGCGCCAGCAGAAGAAGAAGAAGAGGAGGGAGGAAGGAAGAGGAACCGAUGAGGAGAGACUGCGGAAGGACUUGAUGGAUGCUGGGGAGAAGGCUGGUGCAGAGGAGACACAGUUUGUGGACAUCGAUUCGUUGGACAUAGGCUCGCUGGACAUCACUCGGCAUGAGAUCGAGUUUGGUGAGAACGAGCUGGCCCAGUUUGCCCAGCAUCCGCUGCUGGCAAAGGUGCUGGAGGACGAGGAGGCGGAUUUGGACGCGUUUGCUUCAGAGCUCGAGGCCAAGCUUCGUGAGGUGGAAGGCGCAAGUGUGGAAGACUACGUGCAGCAAGCCGAGUCGUUUGCGCAGUUGCACAACGAGAUCGAGUCUGCAGACGCCAUUCUGGCGUCCAUGGAGGGUCUCCUCUCGGGCUUCCAGGCCGGGCUGGGCGGCAUUUCCGCCGAGAUCCGCAACCUGCAGGCGCGGUCUGUGGCGCUCAACAUCAAGCUCACAAACCGCAAGGAGCUCUCUGCCCAGCUGCAGCGAGCGGUCGACGACAUGGUUGUCUCGUCACGGUUUGUCCACGGCAUCCGCGACGACCCGGUCGAUGAGCAGUACAUGGAGCUGCUGCGCGAGCUCAACGGUAAGAUUGCGUUUACCCAGUCGGACAUGGCGUCGAACACCAAGGCCAUGCAGGAGCUUGUCCCUGCUCUCAACGAGCUGCGGCUGAUGGCGAUUGCCAAGGUCCGUGAGUUUCUUCUUGGCGUCGUGUACUCGUUCCGGCGACCAAAGACCAACGUGCAGAUUGUGCAGACCGGCAAGCUGCUCAAGUACAAGGAGCUGUACGCUUUUGUGGUCGAGAACGGCCGCGACGUAGCCGACGAGGUCCGCCGCGCCUACGAGGCGACCAUCGGCAAGAUCUACUACACCUACUUUAAGUGGUACGUCGGCGCCAUGCUCAAGCUGCAGACUCCGAUCGCCCACAAGACAGACUUGCUUGGCGUCAAGGAGUCGUCGAAGCGCUCGUUCUUUAGCAAGGCAGCAAAGUCGCGCAAGCUCGUCUUCUCGCUCGGCAACCGUGGCACCGUCCUCGAUGACAUCAACCAGCCGGCGGCCAUGCCGAAUGAGCUCUCGGCCGGAAAGGCCAAGUACCCGUUCGAGGUCUUAUUUCGGUCGAUCUCGGCCCUGGUGGCCGACACCGCCACCACCGAGUACCUCUUCGACAUUGCCUUUUUCGGCAAGGAGGAGGUCUUCCACAAUGUGUUCACCAAGGCCACCGAGGUCAUUGUCUCGAUGCUCGGCGACUACCUCUCGUCGUCGUGGGACUGCAUCGGCAUCCUACUCUGCGCCCGCAUCUCGCACAUGCAGCAGGAGAUCAUGGCCCGCCGCUCGGUCCCGGCCCUGGAGAACUUUCUCAACUGCGUCCGCCUUAUGCUCUGGCCGCGCUUCGCCAUGGUCCUCAACAAGCACCUCGAGUCGCUGGCCGAGCUGGACCCGCGGACGCUGGCCGCCCUCGACGAGCACGCCCUGUACAUCACCCGCCGCUUUGCCGAGUUUGUCGCCGCCAUCAUCGAGGUCAACCACGGGUACAAGGACCUCUCGCUCCAACUGCAGCGGAUGACCCGCAGCAUGGAGGGCUUCCUCCUCCGCGCCUCGCAGGCCCUGCCGGACCCGUCGCUCGCCGUCGUCUUCCUCAUCAACAACUACGAUCUCAUCCUCACCAUCCUCGACGAGCGCUUGCCCAACGCGCCGUACGCCCGCUCGUGGCGCGAGCUCAUCCAGCAGCACAUCGAGGUCUACGCCGAGGACCGGCUCCGCUCCGCCUUUGCUCCGCUCCUCGAUUUUGUCCACGAUGGCUUCCCCAUCCUCGCAGAGCUGCAGGACGUCGCUGAAGCCGAGGCCAGCGGCACGAGCUCCGACAAUGGCCCGCGCGCCUCGGUCGCCGAGCUCCGCACCGCCCUCGCCAACAUGGUCCGGGCCCACGACGUCGCCGCCGUCGCAGACACCUUUGCCGCCUCCUGGAAGGACGCCCUCGCCGCCACAACCGACCACAUCCUCACCACCUUUGACAACCUGCUCAACUCAGCAGAGGUCAUCAAGUACACCGUCGGCCAACUCCUCACCUACUACUCCAAGUUUGUCGGCAUCAUCGACGCGUCCAAGACCCGCAGGCCAAAGUCGCUCGUCGAUCUGCACAAGAUGCGCCACUUUUGCAAGGACUUUGUCGCCUCCAAGACUGACUUUGCCGCCCGGAGCUGAACCAAUGAACUCGUCUUUUGCUCCUG